UGCUCAUUAACUCGCAUUGUACUAAGUGAAUAAAGUUUAUGAUCGGAAUUGUUGGUGUAAUUUUGACCGAAACAGUUCAGGUAGAACGAACAUCGCUAGUACACGCUUUCACCAAGAUUAGAUUAUCACUGUAUCAAUAGUAUUCGAAAGUAGAUUAGUGUUAUUUGCGCAAAGUUGCAGACAUGGCUGGGCAAGAAUUAUUACAAGAAGACUGUCUACAAGUUUUGAGGAAAUUCCUCAAAAGCGACAAUUUCGAGUUAAGUUCGUUCGAAAUUGUCAGUUUUCGGAACCCUUUGCAAGGCCUGAUUGGCGAACAUUUCACGUUAAGGGUCGCUUACGUCUUUCAGGAUAAAAAAGGGAGCCAGGACUUUUUCGUCAAAACUUUAAGCUCCAACCCUUACAUGGCCGAAUUUUCGAAAAGCAUGCAAGUGUACGAGAAGGAAGCUUUUUUUUUCGGGCUCUUGGAGCAGUUCGAGAGACACCAAAUCGAGGUUUCCUUCGCCCCGAAAGGGUUUUUCUUCAAGCCUUACAUCACAGUGAUUGAGGACUUAUCAAGCGAGUUUAAAGGAACUCAAAAAAGAGAACUGCUUGAUUUUGACCACUGUCUCACCUCACUUGAGGCUUUAGCCAAAUUCCACGCCUCCACUAUUCUCUACGAACGAAUCAAGUCGAAAGAAUUGGGCCAAAAGUAUCGCCUGAGUGACGAUUACCGGGACUUGCUUGAAGACAAACUGGAACAUAACUCGCUUGCAUUAAACUGGCUCCAAGCCUCAAUCGAAGGUCUCUUUCAAUUGAUUGAUGUGAUUCCUGAGAACCACAUCUCACAUAAUGAAUUUAAAGAAAAACUUGGGGAGUUUCUCGAGCUGGGUGAUCCUCCCCAAGGACUGAUCCAAACAAUCUUGCACUCGGACCUCUGGACUAGCAAUUUUUUGCACCAUUAUAAGGACGGUAAGCCAGUCGAGACCAAACUUUUGGACUUCCAGACUAUCAAGUCCGGUUUCGUGGAACAGGACGUUGCUGAAUUCUUGAUGACGAGCACAAGUCGGGCGUUUCGUGGCAAAAACUCGAAAUUUUUGAUCGAAUAUUACUACAAAAAGUUGCAAGAGUGUUUGGGCCCGGAGGGGCUUCCCCCAAGCGGAGAUUUCCUGCAGUCGUGCGACAAUUACAUGCUUGUUGGGAAAAUGCACGCAGUCGUUGAUCAUGCCUUCACUUUCGUCGCGGAUGAAAUAUACGUUGAUGUGUUGAAGUCGGAGGAAAGUUUUCGCAAGUUCUUGUUCGAGGAGCGGGGGAAAUGGAUUAUCGAGUCUUAUAAUAAGGACGAGAAGUUUAAAAAUAUGUUGUACGAGGACGUGCUCGAACUCAGGGAUAUGUUGUUCGCGUAGUAUGAUGUAUUAGUCUGUUUGGAAUAAAUGUUUUAAGGAGAA